UUUGACCUCUAAGAGAGACUAAACGCAGGGAACAGCGGGUGCGGACAUGACGGGGGAAGGCUCAGGAGGAAGCAGACGUGAAGAGCUCCGCAGACCUGGGACGGUGCGGCAGAGAGAGAGAAAGGAGACCACGGACGCGGCGCUGGUAGGAUGCGAGCAGAGGAAGGACACGCGGCGCCGGGUACCUGCCGGGAGCGCCGGGUCCAAUGGGAGGAGGGCGCGCGCCGGACCUCAACCUGGCCGAGGACGUCACGACGCCGAGGCGGACGCCGGGCCAAUGGGAGGCCGUCGCGGGCAGGGACGGGGCCGAGAGGAGUCGGGGCUGGGUCGCGCGGAGUCGGUUGGUUGACUCCAGUGUAGCCGCCGCCUAGAGGACUGGGGCUUGCCCCUCAUCUUACUCCCGCCGCUUGCACUUCCCGGAUGGUGCUGACUGUUCUCUAAGCGGAGGCGGCGGCGAGUCGUAAGGACGCGCCGCGGAGGCUGUUCGGGGUCGAGGCUUCCCGUCGCCGCACUUCCUCUUGCGGCGCCCGUGCGCGGCCGGCCCGGCGGGCGGGAUGGCGGCAGCGGCCCCAGGGAACGGCCGCGCAUCGGCGCCCCGGCUGCUUCUGCUCUUUCUGGUUCCACUGCUGUGGGCCCCGGCUGCGGUCCGGGCCGGCCCCGAUGAAGACCUUAGCCACCGGAACAAAGAACCGCCGGCGCCUGCCCAGCAGCUGCAGCAACAACCGGUGGCCGUGCAGGGCCCCGAGCCGGCCCGGGUCGAGAAAAUAUUUACACCAGCAGCUCCAGUUCAUACCAAUAAAGAAGAUCCUGCUACCCAAACUAAUUUGGGAUUUAUCCAUGCAUUUGUCGCUGCCAUAUCAGUUAUUAUUGUAUCUGAAUUGGGUGAUAAGACAUUUUUUAUAGCGGCCAUCAUGGCAAUGCGCUAUAACCGCCUGACCGUGCUGGCUGGUGCAAUGCUUGCCUUGGGACUAAUGACGUGCUUGUCAGUUUUGUUUGGCUAUGCCACUACAGUCAUCCCCAGGGUCUAUACGUACUAUGUUUCAACUGUAUUAUUUGCCAUUUUUGGCAUUAGAAUGCUUCGGGAAGGCUUAAAGAUGAGCCCUGAUGAGGGUCAAGAGGAACUGGAAGAAGUUCAAGCUGAAUUAAAGAAGAAAGAUGAAGAAUUUCAACGAACCAAACUUUUAAAUGGACCAGGAGAUAUCGAAACGGGUACAAGCAUAACAGUGCCUCAGAAAAAGUGGUUGCAUUUUAUUUCACCCAUUUUUGUUCAAGCUCUUACAUUAACAUUCUUAGCAGAAUGGGGUGAUCGCUCUCAACUAACUACAAUUGUAUUGGCAGCUAGAGAGGACCCCUAUGGUGUAGCUGUGGGUGGAACUGUGGGGCACUGCCUGUGCACGGGAUUGGCAGUAAUUGGAGGAAGAAUGAUAGCACAGAAAAUCUCUGUCAGAACUGUGACAAUCAUAGGAGGCAUCGUUUUUUUGGCGUUUGCAUUUUCUGCACUAUUUAUAAGCCCUGAUUCUGGUUUUUGACAAGCUGUUUGUUCAUCUGUAUUUAGUUUAAAAUAGAUAAUAUUAUCUCUCUGUACAUAGUGUACAUUACAACUAAAAGUUUGUGAUGGAAAAAUACUGUAUUUUGUAGCACUGAUUCGUGAGUUUGACCCAUUAUUAUGUUUGAGAUAUAAUCAUUGAUUCUAUUUGUAACAAGGAGGUUUAAAAGAAACCUGACUUCCAAGUGUGGGUUUUUCUUCUCUCCAGCAUAAUUAUGUUAAUGUGGUCCCCAUUUUUGUUUUGGUGCAGAACUGUUGUGCAGUGGGGGUCUACCAUGCGAUUUUCUUUCAGCACUGACCCCUUUUUAAGGAAUACAGAUUUUCUCCUUCAUCACUUAGGUGUUUUAAGAUGUUUACCUUAAAAUUUUUCUUGGGGAAAGAAUGAAUGAAUUUCUAUUUUUUAAAACAUUUCCCUGAGCCAGUAAGCAGUAGUUUAAUCAUCGGUCUUUUUAAAAUUAGGUGUUUAAAAAAAGAGACAUAUAUGAUAUUACUGUUACAUCAAUAACAUGGUACAAUAAGAACUGUCUGCCAGGUCAUUCUUCCUCUUUUUUUUUUUUAAUUGGGUAGGACACCCAAUAUUAAAACAGUCAAUAUUUGACAACGUGGAAUUACCAAAUUAAAAGAGAAUACUAUGAAUGUAUUCAUAUUUUUUCUAUGUUGAAUAAACAAUGUAACAUAGAUACAAUAUAAAUAAAAGUGGUAUGACCAGUG